ACUAAAGACUAACCUCAUUUUGUAUUUGUCAUUUGUAAACGUUUAUAAACAAAUUUGGAAAUUUGGGUUUUGCAUUAUUUGCAAUUUAUGAAUUUAUUUAAUGCUUAUUAUUUUAAAAGAAUAAAGAAUUAUUUUUACUUAAGCUAGCCAUACGUCGCUAAACACUGUGACUGAUCACUGAGGCUAAAACUUAGAGACUUGCACAGGGGAACUACUGUAAUGUAAAGUGUUGUGUAAACUUGAUUGCCCUUUAGAUAUUGAAUAAUUAUGGAUGUUAAAGUCGAAGUUAAAGAGGAAUUGGAGGAGUAUGACCAGAGAUACGUGGCCAGUCAGCUAUCUACAGAAGUACAUCUCCCAGAAUUCAAGGAUGAACCAGACAAAUAUUCACUUCAAAUAGGAAAUAAAAAUGAUUCAGAGGAGGAGCACGGAAUGAAAAUUAUGAAAAUACCUUCGCCUCAUAAAGAAGAAGAAUAUAUAAGUCGACAAUCCGAAGAGAAAAUUCAGAUUGCACAAGGAUCUUACCAAUGUAAACCUUGCGAUUUUAAAAGUCAAAAGAAAGUUGACACUGGAGAAAGAGAUAAUAAACGUGAUAUUUGUCUUAAGCAGUUUACUCAAAAAUGUACUUUAAAUAAACAUAUUAAAGUUCACAUUGGCGAAAGACAUCAUAAAUGUGAAAUAUGUUUUAAACAGUUCACUCUGAAAAGUACUUUUAAUAACCAUAUGAUAGUUCAUACUAAAGAAAGACCUUAUAAAUGUGAAAUUUGUUUUAAACAGUUUAGUUGGAAAUUUUGUUUAAAUAAUCAUCUGAAAGAUCACAUUGGUGAAAGAGAUUAUGAAUGUGAUAUUUGUCUGAAGCAGUUUGCUCAGAAAAGUACUUUAAAUAUCCAUAUGAGAGUUCACACUGGUGAAAGACCUUUUAAAUGUGAUAUUUGUCUCAAGCAGUUUACUCAAAAAUGUACUUUAGAUGAUCAUACUAAAGUUCACACUGGCGAAAGACAUCAUAAAUGUGAAAUAUGUUUUAAACAGUUCACUCAGAAAAGUACUUUUAAUAACCAUAUGAUAGUUCACACUGCAGAAAGGCCUUAUAAAUGUGAAGUUUGUUUUAAACAGUUUAGUCAGAAAUUUAGUUUAAAUAACCAUAUGAAAGAUCACACUGGGGAAAAACCUCAUAAAUGUGACAUUUGUCUUAAGCAGUUUACUCAAAAAUUUACUUUUAAUGAACAUAUGAGAGUUCAUACUGGAGAAAGGCCUUAUAAAUGUGAAAUUUGUUUUAAACAGUUUAGUUGGAAAUUUAGUUUAAAUACCCAUAUGAAAGUUCAUACUGGUGAAAGACCAUUUAAAUGUGAAAUUUGUCACAAGCAGUUUACUCAAAAAAAUAAUUUAAAUAUCCAUAUGAAUGUUCAUACUGGUGAAAGACCAUUUAAAUGUGAAAUUUGUCUCAAGCAGUUUACUCAAAAAAAUAAUUUAGAUAUCCAUAUGAAAGUUCAUACUGGUGAAAGAUCUUAUAAAUGUGAAAUUUGUCUUAAACAGUUUACUCAACAAGUUACUUUACGUAGACAUACAAAAGUUCACACUGGGGAAAGACCUUAAGGGGAAAUUAUACCUAUAUUAUACAACCACGGCGGCUGAGUGUCAGCACAAAUCGGCUGAGUGGUUGUAUCCAGCGCUGAUAGGGAAAGCUUACUAAAUGUCUCAGCGGCUGACUUUCAGCGAUGUAGUCUGAACGCUACCGCUUACUCAGCUCUCCAGCCGCUUUGGUCGUCCGAACCCACCCAUUUUCUAGCUUAGGGAUAAAAAGGGUGAGGUAACAACUGACAGACAGAAAAUACUAGGAAUAGUCGAAGAGUUCUACACUAUAUUAUACACAAACCAAAUUAACAAUAACAUAAAUCAAGACAAUAGACAAAAGGUACAAAACCAGGGAUCUGAGGAUAUUCCAGAAAUUACUCAAGAUGAGAUACAAUAUGCACAAAAAAAUGAAAAACAACAAGGAUCCAGGAGAUGAUGGAAUAGUUACAGAAGCUAUAAAACUUAGCAAAACUUCUCUCCUGAAAAAAAUACAAGACCUCUUCAACAUCUGCUUGUAUAGUCAAAAAAUUCCGAUAGCUUGGAAUAACUCUAUUUAAAUUCUUCUGCAUAGAAAGGGUGACAACAUGAACUUAGAGAAUUACAGGUCAAUUUAUCUACUCAACUAUUUGUACAAACUGUACACUAGAACAAUAACCAAUCGAUUGGAAGCAAAAUUUGAGCUGUACCAGCCAAGAGAACAGGCUGGUUUUCUCCCCAACUACGGUACAAAUGACCACCUACAGUGCAUAAAAGUCUUGAUUGAAAAAUCAAUUAAAUACAAUAGACCUCUAGUUCUAACGUUUAUAGACUUCCACAAAGCGUUUGAACAACCCGCACUACUAAAGGCAUUAGUCGAGGAAAUGAAGCAUUUUGGUUCGCAAUUUUUUCGUCCAGCAUGGAUUUACUUGAAAUUUUCACAGAAGCAGUGGCGGCUCGUGACCUCAGUAUGCGGGUAGGCGACACAUAUACCUUUAUAGGUAUAUACUCUAUACUCUACUAUACUCUACACUCUACAUAUAUACUCGUAUACCUAUAUACACAUUGUGUCGCAUUUAAGAUGAAGAUACCCCUAUAUUGCGGCUAUCAAAAUAAAUACAGAUUUGAAAUUUUGCAGUCAAAUAGGUAGUGUGAUGGUUCACAUAUUUUUUUAAUGUUGUUCUGAGGCUAUUUCCUUGUGGCAUUUUUAUAAUCAACUAUUUUCAAUGGGAAAUAAGCCACAAUUUUACCAAAAAAUGAUUUUAUUAACGUUUCGACGCCCAAGUCGGGUGACUUGGAAUAUUUGGCAGGAAUAUUUUCGUGCCCUGGAGCUCUACCAUUUUUUAGUUCAUUUACAGCUUUCUUCACCAUAUCAACUCCCACUACUAUCUCUUCGCCUUCAACGAAUACUUCUGUUGGUGAUUGGGUGGUAUAUUCGGCUCUACUUUCUGUUAGCAAACUCUCGUAGUAUUCUUUCCAUUUUUCUGUUGAUAUUAACUGAAUAGAAGUAGUAUUUCUUUCUGUGUUCUUUAUUUUGUUUAAAAAUUUCGAUGUCUCUGAACACUUCCUUCCGCCUAUGUAAGUGUUGAUCUCUUGCCAUUUCCUAUCUCACAUUUCUUUUUUUGCUGCUGUUACUGCUCUUCUUGUUGUUCUUCGUAGGUCCAAAUAUUUGUCUUUGUCUACUUGAUGUUUAGUACUUAGCCACCGUGCGUACGCUUUCUUUUUCUCCAUUAUUAGGUUUUGUAUGUCUUCGGUCCACCAUAGCUUUUUACUGUGGCGCUCGGAUUUUAAACCAAGCGCUUCUUUUGCGGCUGUUUGCAUACUGUCUAUUAUAUUUUCGUACACUUCUUCCACGGAUACAUUUUGGAUUGUACAUAUCUUCUAAUUUUUCAUUUAGUCUUCGUUGAUAUAGUGUUCUCGUACUUUCAUGUUGUAAGCUGUCCAGGUUGUAAUUUGUUGUGUUAAAAAUUUCUGUGGCUUCAGGUGGUUCUUUUGUUUUCUUGGAUCUAAACGGAAAAACUAUUUCGGAUUUUACCAUAAAGUGAUCCGAAUCACAUGAUAAUCCUCUAUAUACUCUUGUAUCCAUUACUUGUAAUGUUGUAUUUUGUUUUGUAAUUACGUAAUCUAUGAUCGAUUUUAAAUUUCUGGUUACCUGAAUCCAUGUAUAUUUGUGUAUGUCCUUGUGUUUAAAAAAACCGUUUGUUAUUUUUAGCUGAUGGUUUUCGCAUAUUUGAAUUAAUCUUUCACCAUUGUCAUUUUGGGUUAUUUCUCCAUGUGGACCUACCACUUUGUUGUUUACCUUCUGUCCGACUCUACUAUUCAGAUCUCCUGCUAUGAUCACUUCCCUAGUACUUCCAAAUCUCUCGUGUAAUUACUACUGAAAAUUUGUCAUUUGUAAUACUGUGCCCUGCGGUAGUGUGCAGUGUUACGAUGUACAUGAAACAGUGUUACAAGGCAAAAAAACAAGAGAAAUGAGAUUAAAUGCACAAAUGCUUAGAAAAAGAUUUAUUGUUAAUUAAAACUCUAAACAUAAGGCCUAAAUGUCAAAAUUAUCAAUAUAUUCCAUAUAGAGAAACAGUCUUGUUCUUCUUAAAGUUCCUUCUCCUAUCCUAUCGGAGGUUGGAUAUCAUAAUGGCUAUGGUCACUUUGUUGGCUGCUGCUCUGAACAGUUGUAAUGAACUACAGUUAAACCAUUCUCUAAGGUUCCUCAGCCAGGAGAUGCGUCUUCUUCCUAUGCUUCUUCUUCCUUGGACCCUUCCUUGCAUAAUAAUUCUCAGCAACUCGUAUUUUUCUCCUCUGGUAAUGUAACAUAAAUAUGACCAAAGCCCUAUUUAAGCGAACUUUUAAAUUUUGUUACAUCGACAUUACAAACUAGUAUCUCAGAUGUCCAGUUUGUUCCGCCUGCAGUAACUGGUGAUAGCCAUUUGUGUGUAAUAUCUUCCUUACGAAAAGUGUAGGAUUGUUCAGUUUUUACAAAUUUCAACAGAGGUUUAAUUCUCUUUAUGUGGAUAAUCACAUAUUCUUCCUCCAGUUCUUCCUCGACUAAACCCAUCGAAAAAAUAUUACUUUUAGACUCCCCUUUUUGUUGUGCUUGUUGCUGAAGGCAAUCACCCACUGAAACUGUUAAAUAAUCAAUUUCCAUUUCUUCGUCUUCCAAAUUGUUACUAGCAUCACCUUCAGCGGAAGGAACUUGGCUUUCUGAUUCCUCAAAACUCUCGGCAUCUUUUUGCUCCUUAAUAUUUUUUUUCUUUACAGCCUUCGCUUUCUUUUUACUUGGUUCCAAUAAUUCAUUUACGAAUUCGUCCUUGAUGCGUUUAAUUACUAAACUAUGUGUAAAUGACAAUAUUUGGCCUUUAAUAAGUCUUCAUCAGUAGUUAGUGCAUGUUAAUAGAUUUUUUGAAAAUAGACAUGAAAAUCUCAUCCAUAAGGAAACAUUUUUUUCCACCUACCUCUACCGAAAGUAUACUUUUCCGGACCUGAUUGUAGGGAGCAAAGUUGUACUUUUCCUCCCUAGGGAGGAAAAGUAAAAGUGACGUCAUGGUAUUUCAUUCAUGAAAUAUAACUUAUUGACGCCCUGUACAAUAUCUAUUUUCUAUUACGAAGUAUCUAUACAUUUUAACGUGUAUUUAUAAAACACCCUGUAUUUUGCAGAAUAGUAAAAAACAGUAAAUUGUUAUUUUGAUUUAACAAUGUUUACAUUCAUAAUUUGACUUAUAUUUGACAGUUGACAGUUAUAUUGUACCUA